AUAAUUAUUGUUUACAUCAAGAGUUCCGGAUCUUAUUGGCUCAUGGCUGCAUCCGCUCGGCUUCGGAGCUUUUCAAGCCUGCUUAUUUUUCAGUUUGAGCCACGCAUUUGAGACGAUUAUUUAUAAUUAGGCUGAGGAGAAUAGGAUUCGGAGCUCAAAAAUUAUGGGUAGGAAUAAUAAUUUCACCAAACGCAGUUAAGAAGAGGAAUAUUUUUCAGAUAUUUCAAAAUGAGAGACGAAAACCAGAAUUCGAAAGAGCCACUGAUUAAAAAUGAGGCUCCAUUUUAUGGCAGUUUGUCCGGUACAUUUCCUCUCAGUUUAGGAAAAUCUCAAGAAGGCAUGAAAGCCAAAAUAAAAUACACUUCAACACAAUGGCUGACUCUGGUAACCUUGGCCUUUGGAAACUUCUGUGCAGGAGCAUGUGUAUCACUGCAAGCUCCAUUUUUUCCAGCAGAGGCUGAAUCAAAAGGCGCUACACCGACCGAGUAUGGGUUCAUAUUUGGAAUAUUCCAGCUUACAAUAUUCGUCGUAGCACCUAUGAUGGGUAAAAUAGUAUCUUACAUAUCACCGAAAUUUCUUUUAAACUCGGGAAUAUUAACAGUAGGAGUAACAUGCAUACUUUUCGGUACUUUGGAUUUGGUUCAAAGUCGCACGUCCUUUGUAGCUUUAGCUUUUGUUGUGCGAACGGUUGAAGGAGUAGGAGCUGCUGCAUUAAGAACAUCAUGUUAUACAAUUAUAGCGUCUCAGUUCUCAGAAGGAAUAGGAACUACUUUUGCUAUUCUGGAAACAUUUCUUGGGAUCGGACUUAUCACGGGCCCUACACUUGGUGGAGCACUAUAUGAUCUUGGAGGCUACGGCUUGCCUUUCUACGUAGUUGGCAGUAUCGUUGUUAUAGACGCUAUAGUGAUAUUUUUCGCUCUACCUGAUGUUGAUAAAACAACAAUUCCAAAAAAAGGAAACCUUCUAAAAUUUUGGUUUCAUCCUGGCGUGUUAAUUUACUCUCUAAGCGUCUUCACGUCUUUCAACUACAUUGGUUUCAAUCAAGCUACUCUAGAGCCUCACAUCAGAGAGUUUGAUCUUUCAGGGUUCCUGCUAGGAAUGAUGUUCGCCUUGAGUGGAACUGUGUAUGCACUCAGUGCUCCUGGCUGGGGUUGGCUGUGUGAUAAAAAGUGUAACAGUCAGUUCCUUAGCUUAAUAGGAUGUUUUAUCAAUAUCACAUCGCUGCUUCUCCUUGGUCCUGCUCCGUUCUUUCAUAUGAAAGCAAAUCUUGCACUCGUCAUUACAUCUCUAACUCUUCUGGGCUUUGGACUAGGGGCUAAGCUCGUAUGUGCUUUCACGGGAACGUUACAAGAUACCAUCAAAAGAGGGUUACCACCUGACUUAAGCACAUAUGGCCUAAUAUCUUCGAUGAUUGCAUCUUCCCAGUCCUUAGGAGCUUUCGUUGGUCCUUCUAUCGGCGGUUAUCUUUUAGAUACCUUUGGAUUUUCGAAUGCAUCAAUGGCUCUCCUAAUUCUAGAAAGCAUUUUGGUUGUUCUUUUGAUUGUAUCCAUUAUUACCAAGAGUUGCAGACGACGUGAAAUGAAGAUCGAAAAUCCGACAUCAUCCCCUGUAUCUAUUUGCAAUGGCCACAAACCUGCAAAAGAUAUUCCGAAUGGUAAUUACAUAAAGCAAGACAAUGCGUGAAAACAGCAAAAAUUUUCUAGUGACUUUAGAAACAGGGAACAUUAUUUAAAUUUCAGACUUUUCAUGUAUUUUAGUUGAGAAAAACAAAGCAUUUUUACCAUGACAUAUAAAGCUCGAAGGAAUUGGGAAUAAGACAACCAGUAGGUUGUAUAACAUCUCUUACUUCGAUGUUUCUAUAGCACAGUCAUUGAUAUUUUAUGGCCCAGUUUUAUAUCAGUUGUCAUCAUCAUGUGAAAGAACAGUGAAAUCUGUAAUAUUCUGACUUUAUAUAAAGUGUGAUUUUUAAUUUAA